AUGCUGGAUCGCGAGAUUCUCCUUCUGGAUGUUGUGGACGGUCUCCCGCAGGGCGAGGCCAUGGACAUCAACCACAUGCUCUCAGAGCGCGGUGUUGAUGUAACCAUCCGGGGCUCCAACGACUACUCGGACAUGGAGGGAUCCGACGUCGUGGUGGUUGUUGCAGGCUCGGGGAGAAAACCCGGCAUGACGAGAAUGGAUCUGCUGAAGAUCAACGCAGGAAUAGUAAAGAGUGUGGUGAGUAACAUAGCAAAGUUUGCUCCCGACUCGAUAAUCAUUCCCGUAACAAAUCCGCUGGAUCCAAUGGUGUACAUCACGCACAAGGUAUCUGGCUUUGAGCGCAAUCGGGUCUUUGGCAUGGGCGGCAUGCUAGAUGCCUCCAGGUUCAGGCAGUUUAUUCACGAGGCCACGGGCCAUUCCCGGAACUCGAUACGCGCCAUGGUAAUAGGCGAGCACGGCGAGCACAUGCUUCCACUGACAAGAUACUCGUCGGUAUCCGGAAUUCCACUGUGCUCCUUCGUCCCGCAGCCAAAACUGGAUGCGAUGGUCAAGAACACAAGGGAGGUCGCCCUCAAGGUGAUUCAGACGAAGGGCGCCACGGUCCACGCUCCGGGAAACGCCAUCGCAAGCAUGAUCGAGGCCGUGGUAAAGGAUCAAAAGCAGCUCAUACCGGUCUCCACGUAUCUUGAUGGCGAGUACGGCUAUCACGAUCUGGUCUUGGGAGUUCCUGCGGUGAUCGGCAGGCGUGGCGUUGAGAGUAUCAUGGAUCUGGAUCUCAACGACUCUGAAAGGCGCACAAUGGAUGCAGCGGCAGAGAGUGUUAGGACUGCCGUCGCAUCGCUGGAUAUCUAG